AACGUUCGGUCUAUGGUCUAGACAUAUUUAUGUCCGUGCAUUUACCACAUUGAGAAGUCCUUUUUCCGGUUCCCUUCGAUAGAAUUUUCUGAACCUUUAAAAUGGCGAAACGUACAAAGAAGGUUGGAAUCACUGGCAAAUAUGGUACCCGAUAUGGUGCCUCUCUUAGAAAAAUGGUCAAAAAGAUGGAAAUUACUCAACACAGCAAAUACACCUGUACGUUUUGCGGCAAGGAUGCGAUGAAACGUAGCGUAGUUGGCAUCUGGUCGUGCAAACGUUGUAAGAGGACGGUUGCUGGUGGCGCUUGGGUAUAUUCGACAACAGCUGCUGCUUCAGUGAGGUCAGCAGUGCGUCGAUUACGUGAGGUGAAAGAACAAUAAAUAUGUAAUAAAUAUCUUUUAAACAAUC